GAUUACUUCUAUGAUUGUAUAUAAAGAAAGACAAGGGUUCUCAACUUUUCUUAAUAUUUUAAGUCUCAAGGAAUUAAUGUAGAAUCAAGCAAAUGUAAAAUGAUCUUCGAAUUACUUAAUAUAUUCUGGAUACCUUUUGCUGGAUUCAUAUCGUUUCUGAUAUUCAUAUCAGCAAUCAACAAAUCCAUCGGCGUCCGGAGGGCAUACUAUGUAAAUCUUCUUUUAAGGAUAUUUGAGUAUGGUCGAGUUAGCAUAGAGCAUCAACAACUUUCCCAAAAUAAUCUUAAGACUGACGAUACAAAUUCAGUGCAGUUCGUCGUUAAUGCCGAUUCGAAGGAAAGUACAAAUGGAACAACAAUAACCAGAGAUGCAGUACUUCUUCCACAACCGCAAGAGCCUGCGUCAGAAAAGCCAGCGUCCUCAAAAAAGGAAGAAAUUACCUUUGACUUUGAAAAAUGCCUGGACUACUUGAAGUCGGGAGUGGAGUCCAUAAUUGAAGAUGAUGUGACAUCCCGUUUCGAGGCGGAAUAGCUGAAAAGCUGGAACAUGCUGACACGCACCAAUAGACACCACGAAUUUAUAUCCUGGAAGAUAACGCUCAUUUGGAUGGUUGGAUUUUUUGUGCGAUAUGUAUUCUUAAUGCCGUUGCGUGUAUUAGUUUGCUUUGUUGGUAUUGGCCAACGUCAUGGCGGCUUUCUUGGCGUCCUCCAAAGGGCACUGGCCAGACCGUCGCCCCACAUUUGGUUUGAGAGAGGCGAGGCAAAGGACCGUCACUUGGUCGCCGAGAGGCUAAAGCAGCAUGUUUCGGACCCAAACAAUCCACCAAUUCUUAUAUUCCCGGAGGGAACAUGCAUCAACAACACAUCCGUAAUGCAAUUUAAAAAGGGAAGCUUUGAAGUCGGCGGUGUCAUAUAUCCGGUGGCCAUAAAGUACGAUCCGCGAUUUGGCGAUGCUUUCUGGAACAGCGCAAAGUAUUCGAUGAUGCAGUAUCUUUACAUGAUGAUGACAUCAUGGGCAAUCGUAUGCGAUGUCUGGUACCUCCCGCCGAUGUACAGACAGGAUGGAGAGUCUGCGAUUGAUUUCGCGAACCGUGUGAAGGGUGUGAUUGCAAAGUAGGGAGGCCUAAUUGAUCUUGUCUGGGACGGACAAUUGAAGAGGAUGAAACCAAAAAAAGAGUGGAGGGAAAUUCAUCAGGUUGAAUUUGCGAAUCGUUUGAAGGCGGAAUGAUAAUAAUUUUAAUGAUAAUGAAAAUACUUCUACAGUGACUGUAAUUUACAUACAUAUACAUAAUUCGUACAUACAUAAUUUUUUUAUUAUUUGUAAUAUGUAUAAAUUACGAUUAAUUAUUGCAUGGUUUAAAUAAAAGAUGAAGUCAAAUGUAAAUAGCUA